AUGUCAUGUCAUAGAGAAAUUGUUGCAUUUGUUGGGUAUCCUAAUGUGGGGAAGAGUUCAACAAUUAAUGCUUUGGUUGGAGAAAAUGGACUGGUGUUACCUCAAAUCCGGGGAAGACAAAUCCAUUUUGUUAUUAAUGGUAGGGUGAAUGAUCUUUCAAACUUGAGAAUCCAAUUUUCGGUUAAAAGAAUCUCUUUAAAUGUGAAAUAUUAUUUUAGGGACAGUGCUGGGUCUUUUAAUGCUUUGCUCGGUUGGAAAACUGUAUGGACUCAGAACUGGUUCCAUGUGACAUGGUACGCAACUGCAAGUGCACGCUCUGAUGGUCUUCUUCUUUUAUGUGGAGGAAGGGAUGCAAGUAGCGCGCCGCUGGCAAGUGCACAUGGGCUUGCCAAACAUAGAGACGGUCGAUGGGAAUGGGCCAUUGCUCCCGGUGUCUCACCAUCUCCCAGAUAUCAGCAUGCAGCAGUUUUUGUUAAUGCACGUCUUCAUGUAUCUGGAGGGGCACUUGGGGGUGGACGCAUGGUUGAAGACUCAUCAAGUGUGGCUGUUUUGGACACUGCAGCAGGAGUUUGGUGUGAUACAAAGUCUGUUGUUACGAGUCCGAGGACUGGCAGAUACAGUGCUGAUGCUGCUGGUGGGGAUGCUACAGUUGAAUUGACAAGACGCUGUAGGCAUGCUGCUGCUGCCGUUGGUGACUUGAUCUUCAUUUAUGGCGGUCUUCGUGGUGGGUUGUUGCUUGAUGACCUACUUGUCGCAGAAGAUCUUGCUGCUUCUGAAACAACUAAUGCAGCUUCUCAUGCGGCUGCAGCUGCUGCAUCAAAUUUGCAGCAAGGGAGGUUACUGGGUAAAUAUGGAUUUGCUGAUGAUAGAACAAGAUCACUUGUGCCUGAUACUACUGUUGAUGGUGCGGUUGUGGUAGGUAGUCCUGUUGCUCCGCCAGUAAAUGGUGAUGUGCAUGCAGACAUAAGCACAGAAAAUGCAAUGCUUCAAGGUUCUCGAAGACUGAGCAAAGGUGUUGAUUACUUAGUUGAGGCUGCAGCAGCAGAAGCUGAGGCAAUUACUGCUACAUUAGCUGCUGCUAAAGCUAGGCAAGUUAAUGGGGAAAUUGAGCUUCCAGAUAGAGACCGUGGAGCAGAGGCAACCCCUAGCGGAAAACAGACAUCUACCUUGAUAAAGCCUGAUUCUGCAGCAUCAAGUAACCCUGUUUCAGCUGGAGUUCGGCUUCAUCACCGUGCUGUUGUUGUGGCUGCAGAGACUGGUGGGGCUUUAGGUGGCAUGGUCAGACAGCUUUCUAUCGAUCAGUUUGAAAACGAAGGCAGACGAGUCGGUUAUGGUACUCCAGAAAGUGCAACAGCAGCUAGGAAACUUUUAGAUCGGCAAAUGUCUAUUAACAGUGUACCCAAGAAGGUGAUUGCUCAUCUUCUGAAACCUCGUGGUUGGAAGCCUCCCGUUCGUAGACAGUUUUUCUUGGAUUGCAAUGAGAUAGGAGAUCUUUGUGACAGUGCUGAGAGAAUAUUUGCUAGUGAACCUAGUGUACUACAGCUCAGGGCUCCUAUUAAGAUAUUCGGUGAUUUGCAUGGGCAAUUUGGGGAUCUUAUGCGUCUUUUUGAUGAGUAUGGAUCUCCUUCAACUGCUGGGGAUAUAGCGUAUAUUGAUUAUCUGUUCUUGGGGGAUUAUGUUGAUCGUGGCCAGCACAGCUUGGAAACCAUAACUCUUCUCCUAGCUAUGAAGGUUGAGCAUCCUCAUCAGAUACAUUUAAUUCGUGGUAAUCAUGAAGCUGCAGACAUCAAUGCUCUUUUUGGCUUUCGAAUUGAGUGCAUUGAACGCAUGGGUGAGAGAGAUGGAAUCUGGGCAUGGCAUCGGAUAAACAGAUUAUUCAACUGGCUCCCUCUGGCAGCAUUGAUUGAGAAAAAAAUUAUCUGUAUGCAUGGUGGUAUUGGAAGAUCAAUCAACCAUGUGGAACAAAUUGAGAAUAUUCAGCGUCCAAUUACAAUGGAAGCAGGAUCAAUUGUUCUCAUGGACUUAUUGUGGUCUGACCCCACAGAAAAUGACAGUGUAGAAGGAUUACGACCAAAUGCAAGGGGUCCUGGCUUGGUUACCUUCGGGCCUGACCGUGUAAUGGAGUUCUGCAAUAACAAUGAUCUUCAAUUGAUUGUUCGGGCACAUGAAUGUGUGAUGGAUGGAUUCGAAAGAUUUGCUCAGGGACAUUUGAUUACUCUAUUUUCAGCCACAAACUACUGUGGUACUGCAAAUAAUGCUGGUGCUAUCUUGGUUUUGGGUCGAGAUUUAGUGGUGGUGCCAAAACUAAUUCAUCCAUUGCCGCCUGCAAUUUCAUCUCCGGAAACGUCUCCUGAACGCCAUAUAGAAGACACUUGGAUGCAGGAACUCAAUGCUAACAGACCACCUACGCCAACUAGAGGCCGUCCUCAAGUUGCUAAUGACCGAGGUUCUCUUGCUUUAAUUUAGAUUAUGCUUCCAGAGACAAAGUAUGUUUUGCUAAGCUUAAAAAUAAGUAAAGAUAACUUUCAGUUUUCAGCUGUGGUUGGAUCACCUUUUCUGGCUUUCAGGUAUAAAAAAUAAAAAAAAAUAAAAAAAAAAAAAAUUCCUACUCAUUAGCCAAAUCAGUAAUUUAUUUUCACUUUUGAUCAAUUAAAAAAAAAGCCUAUUUAUUUUAAAUUUUUAUAUGUACCUAUAAGUGAACCUCCUAAGCUUAGCCAAACAUGCUCACGAGUUUUGUACUUCUCUGAGGCUCUGGCUGGCACCUGUGCAGUGAUUUGUACAUAGCACGACUCUACAUGGGGAAUUCUCCGAUUUGUAUUCCUUAUGGAAACAGCAAGGCUUUGAACUCGUGCUACUGUUAACAUUCUUGGUCAGCCUUUAAAAGAAUACAUAAGUUUGUCCAAGCACAUUUGUGCUGGCGUUGAGUUGCCUACUUCAUUUGUUGUGCUGAAAGCAGUUCGUCGGGGAUAGUAAAAGUAGAAAUAUUUGUACAUGAGCCUCAGACAGAAGCUGCAGUGUUUCGUCUUUCUCCAUGUGCGAGGGUGGGUAUUACUUGUUUAUUUUUUCUUUCUUUUUGUGUCUUGGGUAGGUGUAUUAUUUUUAUUUAUGUUUUAAGAGGUCUUGAAGUCCGGUCCAUAUAUUGAUUGACGGACGGGAUAUAAGAUGAUGAAAUCUUUUUGGCAGUGUGUAUAAUAGAGGGUAUUGCAAUGUGCAAUUUGUGUUUCUACCCUAUUUGAUUCAACAUUUGUGUGAAAAGAUGAGAAGUCGUUUUGUAUUAGGAUUAUUAGCUGGUGCGUUAGUUAUCUCUAGUAUACUGGUGUCCUCUAUUGACGGUGCCUUGUCGUGUACAACAAAUUUCGUGUACAGAUAGAUACAUGGAAAUUGUUACAAAUUUGAAAUUUAGAUACUAGAGUGGAUUUAAUCAUAGUAUUGAUGGCUUUUCGUCUGCAUGAUUAUCUGAUUAAUGACCCAAUUGUUGAGACGUC